GCCUAAGUAAGGCCAAAAACAAAACAACUCAAAAAGAGAGAGUAAUAGUUUGACACACUCUCUCACAUUCACCUACUCCUAAUCACUCCUAAUCACACCAUCAUCCUCGAAACCCAACCCAACCCAGAAGCAGAGAUAGGUAGGUACAAACAUACAUAAACCAAAUAGCACCCCAAAAUAGAGAUAGCUUAUCUUCAAUCUCCAAACACCACCAAUGGAUUCCAACCACCAAAUGCCACAACCACCACACAACACUGACCAAACUAAUGAAAACCAAAACCAAAGCAUAGUUCUUUCCGAAGAACACACCACUCAACAACAACCACCUCCACCACCACCAUUUGCAGUGGCUUCACUAUCCCUCUCUCUCUCCACCAUCCUCCCAACCCAUUUCUUCCUCCAACCAAAGACCCAAACUUUGUUCUCUCCCCAACAACCCAGUAAGCUCAAAGUCCCAACCCAAGCUUCUUCCCUCACCCACCUUUCUCUCUCUACACCAACCCCACUUUCUCUCUCCUCAAACUCCAUUAACAACAAGCUUUCGUUCAAGUCAACAAUCUCCCACAAUCCACUCCAAUCCCCUUUCCCUCUUCUCCCCCACCGCCCCUCUGACCCCUCAGGCGCCGCCGCACUCCGCCGCGCCGCCGUCGUGUGGUUCCGCAACGACCUACGCGUCCACGACAACGAAACCCUAAACACCGCACACAACGAAUCACUCUCAAUCUUACCUGUUUACUGCUUCGACCCUUCGGAUUACGGCAAAUCCUCUUCAGGGUUCGACAAGACCGGUCCUUUUCGCGCCAAUUUCUUGAUCCAAUCGGUUUCGAAUCUCAGGAAGAAUCUUCAAGAACGUGGGUCGGAUCUCGUUGUCAGGGUUGGGAAACCAGAAACGGUUUUAGUUGAGCUUGUUAAAGCCGUUGGUGCUGAUGCUGUGUAUAUGCAUAAAGAGGUUUCACAUGAUGAAGUUAAAACUGAGGAGAAGGUGGAGAAGGUUAUGAAAGAGGAGAAUGUUGAAGUGAAGUGCUUUUGGGGAAGCACAUUGUACCAUGUUGAUGAUUUGCCGUUUGGGUUGGAAGAUAUGCCUUCCAAUUAUGGAGGGUUUAGAGAUAAGGUGAAAGGCUUGGAUAUUAGGAAGACUAUUGAGGCUUUGGAUCAGCUCAAAGGUCUGCCGAAGCGCGGCGAUGUUGAGCCCGGCGAUAUUCCUACUUUGACUGACCUUGGCCUUAAUCCAGCUGCUACAAUGGCUCAGGAGGGGAAAGCAGCUGCUAAUAAUUCUAUGGUUGGAGGGGAAACUGAAGCCCUACAAAGGCUCAAAAAAUUUGCAGCUGAGUGUGAAGCUCAACCAAACAAAGGGAUUAAAGAUGGUGCACAAGAUAGUAUUUAUGGUGCCAACUUCUCCUGCAAAAUUUCUCCAUGGUUGGCAAUGGGAUGCCUCUCUCCUCGUACAAUGUUUGAGGAGCUAAAGAAAACUGCCAGCAGAACCGUUGCUGCUUCAUCAAAUCGUAAUGAUGGUGGAAAUGGCUCAUCCAGCAAUGGAACAAAUUGGUUGAUGUUUGAGUUGCUGUGGAGGGACUUCUUUAGGUUUAUUACCAAGAAAUAUAGUACUCCAAAGAAACAGCAGGAAGCUACUCCAGUCACUGCUUGUACUGGUGCACUUGCUUAAGCUACAAGUUCAAAUGGACAUAAUAAACUUUGUUUCAUGAUGUGGAUUGCUUCCCUAAGCUGAUGUUUCAUUUUUGUAGUG